UUAAGCAUUUAGGAAACCUAUUUGUCUUACAAUAAAGAGGAAACGAAACAAUCUUCAUUGAGACACAAAUCUUGUGUGCCAUCUGGCUUCUUUCAGUCGAGGGAAGCAGUAGUUGUAUGAAUCUACAAGCUCCUGUGUUAUGCCGAAUUAUUCAGCAAUAUCUGGAGAGGGUUCCGCCUCCACCGGCGACAUGGCAAGACAAAAACGGGCACGCGGCCGGCAGAAGGAGGGUGGAGGGGGCCAGGCCACCAUGGUCAGCAGUGUCAUCAACCUCCUUAACACCAUUAUCGGCGCGGGAACGUUAGCGAUGCCUUCAGCCAUGUCACACUUCGGAAUGACGAUUGGAGUCAUCGUAAUCUUAUGGUCAGGCUUUACAUCUUCCUUCGGUCUAUACCUACAAUCCCGAUGCGCGCGCUAUCUCGAUCGGGGGUCUUCGUCGUUCUUUGCGCUAUCCCAGAUGACGUAUCCAAAUGCAGCUGUCAUAUUCGAUGCCGCGAUAGCGAUCAAAUGCUUUGGAGUCGCCGUGUCGUAUAUGAUUAUUAUAGGAGACUUGAUGCCGGGUGUGGUGGAAGGCUUCGACUCCAGGGUCUCUGAUAUACCCUACUUGACGGACCGGAAUUUCUGGAUCACCGUCUUCAUGCUCGUCAUUAUUCCUCUAAGCUUCCUGAGACGUCUAGAUUCUUUGAAGUAUACUAGCAUCAUAGCUCUGGUUGCUAUUGGGUACUUGAUCGUGCUAGUUGUCUACCACUUUGCCGCAGAUACGCUUGCUCCUAGGGACAAGAUCCGCUUCGUUGCGUGGGGAGGACCUGUGGAAGCUCUUGCUAGCUUACCCGUGGUCAUCUUUGCAUAUACAUGCCAUCAAAACAUGUUUUCAAUUCUGAACGAAAUCAAAUAUAAUUCCCCUGCAAGCAUUAUGGGUGUUAUCUCCACGAGUAUCGGUUCUGCAGCUGGAAUCUAUGUUCUAGUUGCAAUCACAGGCUACCUCACUUUUGGCAAUGAUGUCAUAGGCAAUAUUGUAUCUAUGUAUCCUGCAUCGAUCGCCUCCACCAUUGCCAAGGCAGCCAUUGUUGUCCUUGUCACAUUCUCAAUCCCUCUACAAGUACACCCUUGCCGGGCAUCCGUGGAUGCGGUGCUUAAGUGGCGCCCAGCAGACGUAUCCCGGCAGGUGCGAACAACUUCACCGGGUGGCCGGCCACUUCUCGCGUCUACUUCCCAGGCGCGGUCAGAUCAUGGACCGGGUGCCCCCAUGUCAGACGUUCGCUUUGCCAUUUUAACGACGAUAAUUCUUAUAUUAGGUUACAUCGUAGCACUUACUGUCGUCUCCCUAGAACGAGUAUUGGCUUAUGUGGGCUCCACUGGAAGCACUAGUAUUAGCUUCAUCCUUCCGGGUCUAUUUUAUUACAAAAUCUCUGAUCCAGAUUCAAUUCAUCACCAACGCCUGACGAAGGAGGACGACGAUGCGAUGUCUGUUUCUGAAUCCGAAUCCGACGAUGGAGAGGGCGACGAAGGCCUACUCGGUAGAAGCGUGGAGAGCAUCCAUAGCGUGGCAAGCGGCUCCAGCGGCAGGACCAAAAGUACCAAGUCUUCCUGGCGGUGUCGCAGGAAGUGGAGGUGGGAUAUGGAGCACAUCAAUCCUGAGGUUCUGAGAGGGGCAUCUCUCGCCCUAGCUAUUUACGGAAUAUGUGUUAUGGCGGUAUGUCUAGCGAUGAACCUCGUAGGCACUGUAACGACGCACUAAGCUACGUCUUCGCUUUUCCCCCAACUGUAUCGAUGCUCGGUCAGGGAAAAGAGAUAUCAUGUGUUUGUCUGGAAUUUUUGCAUUUUCUAAAGGGGGUUUGCAUCGCACUCGUUCGGAUUUUUCCU